CGCCAGGCUCAGCCUGCCCGGAGGGAGCGCAGUGCACGCACGGCUACCUGUGGCUCGGGGCGCAUGUCCCCUCUCGGAAUCCAGCACUUCUCUCUCCUAGCCUCGCAUCCAGCCCAGUCGCACCCCGGACCCGGACCCGUGGGAGCCUGGCGGGGAGCGUGCCGGGCCCGAAGCUGGUGACAUGUAGGGUCACCUCCUGGUCCAACCUUGGAACCUCGGCAGACUCCUUGCCUGGAAAGUUUGGGACUGUGUGCGCCAUGGCCAAGAGCGGCUCGCUGAGUAUUCGCGUGGUGGAGGGACGGGCGCUGCCCGCCAAGGAUGUGUCUGGGAGCAGUGACCCCUAUUGCCUGGUGAAAGUGGAUGAUGAGGUCGUGGCCAGGACAGCAACCAUCUGGAGGAGCCUGAGCCCCUUCUGGGGGGAGGAGUACACCGUGCACCUGCCGCUGGACUUCCACCACCUGGCCUUCUACGUGCUGGAUGAGGACACGGUUGGACACGACGACACCAUUGGGAAGAUCUCCCUGAGCAAGGAGGCGAUCACGGCCGACCCUCGAGGGAUCGACAGCUGGAUCAACCUGAGCAGAGUGGAUCCAGACGAGGAGGUGCAGGGCGAGGUCUACCUGGCUGUGAAGCUGUUGGAGGAUGCUCGGGGCCGAUGCCUCCGCUGUCAUGUGAGACAGGCCAGGGACCUGGCCCCCCGGGACAUCUCCGGCACGUCAGACCCAUUCGCACGUGUGUUUUGGGGCAACCAUAGUUUGGAAACGUCGACAAUCAAGAAGACCCGCUUCCCACACUGGGAUGAGGUGCUGGAGCUGCGGGAGGCGCCGGGGACCACGUCCCCCUUGCGAGUGGAGCUCUGGGAUUGGGACAUGGUGGGCAAGAAUGACUUCCUGGGCAUGGUGGAGUUCACCCCACAGACCCUCCAGCAGAAGCCACCCAACGGCUGGUUCCGCCUCCUGCCCUUUCCUAAAUCUGAGGAUUCUGGGGGGAGCCUGGGUGCCCUGCGGCUGAAGGUGCGCCUCACUGAGGACCGUGUCCUGCCUUCCCAGCACUACCAGCCUCUCAUGGACCUGCUUCUAGAGUCGGUACAAGGCCCAGCUGAGGAGGACACCACCAGCCCCCUGGCUGUGCUGGAGGAGCUGGCCUCUGGGGACUGCCGUCAAGACCUUGCCACCAAGCUGGUGAAGCUCUUCCUGGGCCGAGGCCUGUCUGGGCCCUUUCUAGACUACCUCACAAGGCGUGAGGUGGCUCGAACCAUCGAUGGAGCAAUUCAUGAAGCCCAGGGUACUCCCCUGCCACCCUUAGCCGCUCCGUGUGACCCCUGCCCCCAGCUCGUGGGCAUGCGCUACCUGCACGAGGUCCUGAGGCCGGUCAUCAGCCGCGUCUUCGAGGAGAAGAAAUACAUGGAGUUGGACCCUUGCAAGAUGGACCUGAACCGCUCCCGGAGGAUCUCCUUCAAGGGCACGCCUACCGAGGAGCAGGUGCGGGAGACCAGCCUGGGGCUGCUGACCGGAUACCUGGGGUCCAUCGUGGACGCCAUCGUGAGCUCUGCAGGGCGCUGCCCGCUUGCCCUGCGCCUGGCCUUUAAGCAGCUGCAGCGGUGUGUGGAGAAGCGCUUCCCCGGGGUGGAGCAUCAGGAUGUGAAGUACCUGGCCACCAGCGGUUUCCUCUUUCUCCGGUUCUUUGCGCCUGCCGUCCUCACGCCGAAGCUGUUCGACCUCAGAGACCAGCACGCGGACCCCCAGACCAGCCGCUCCUUGCUGCUGCUUGCCAAGGCCGUGCAGAGCAUCGGGAACCUGGGCCAGCAGCUGGGCCAGGGCAAGGAGCUGUGGCUGACCCCCCUCCACCCCUUCCUGAUGCAGAGCAUCUCCCGUGUGAGGGACUUCCUGGACCAGUUGGUGGAUGUGGACGGGGAUGAGGAGGCUGGGGGGCCAGCCUGCGCCCUGGUCCAGCCCUCGACAAUUGUUCGGGAAGGCUUCCUGCUGAAGCGCAAGGAGGAGCCCGCCGGCCUGGCCACACGCUUUGCCUUCAAGAAGCGCUACUUCCGGCUGAGUGGGAAGGACCUCUCCUACUCCAAGACUCCAGAGUGGCAGGUUCACUCAUCCAUCCCAGUGUCCUGCAUCCGUGCCGUGGAGCGUGUGGAUGAGGGUGCCUUCCAGCUACCACACGUCAUGCAGGUGGUGACGCAGGAGGGCACCGGGGUGCCGCACACCACCUACCUCCAGUGCAAGAAUGUGAAUGACCUCAACCAAUGGCUGUCAGCCCUGCGAAAAGCCAGCGCCUCCAAUCAGGACAAGCUGGCGGCCUGCCACCCGGGUGCCUUCCGCAGCGGACGCUGGACCUGCUGCCUCCAGGCUGAGCGCUCAGCUGCCGGCUGCAGCCGCACACACUCAGCCGUCACGCUGGGAGACUGGAGUGACCCACUGGAUCCUGACGCCGAGGCCCAGGCGGUGUAUCGCCAGCUGCUCCUGGGGCGGGAUCAACUCAGGCUGAAGUUGCUGGAGGACUCCAGCCUGGACCCAGCUCCGGAGGUGGACCCCGGGAAGGACUCUGGUGCCGCGGAUGGGGCCUGCGUGGAGGUUCUGGCUCGGCAGAGAGCCGCCAUCACCCACCUGCUGCAGGUACUUGAAGACUUGGAGCAAGCCCACGAGGAGUUCCAGAGGCAGGGGCAGGGGCGAGUGGCCUGCUAGGAUGCUGAGGAAGUGCCAGAGCCCGUUGAGGACAAGGAGUCACGGGGCCUCCCCCAGCGCAGUCUGGCCCAGGCAUCUCCUUCAGGCUGCCCUUCUUCACGGCUGUGGCCUGGAGCCUCCCAGGCAAAGCCUGGUCCUGUGUGCCCUGUGGCCAGCCAGGGCGUGGGAGCCUUUGGCAGGGUCCAGCCCUGUACUGGGCCAGACCUCACUCUCUUCUCUGAGCCCAGAGUCUCGGCUUCACUGGAUGCCCCUCGGCCAGUGCCGGUGGAGCCCAGCUCACCCCGAGCUGCUGGAUACAGCUGAGUGUGCUUUCCUCCUGUCUCAGGCCAGCACCAAAUAGGCUUGACCAAGACCUCCCCGUUUCCACUUCUGUGAGUCCCGUGACCUCACAGAUCCUUCUGUACCCCACCCUCAUCUGGCAGCCCCGACCUCAAGCUUCUGGAACCAGGUGUUCUCAGAACUGGGGUGGGAGCCCAGCAUGCCGAUUCAGAGCCUUGAAGCUGGACACGGGCUCUUUCUCCCUCUUUGAGCCUCAGUUUAUCCUGUAUAAAGUGACGAGUGAGUGUG